AUGACCACAACGAAGAAGUACACAGGAGUUCCUUCUCCAGGAGGACGUCAAGUCAUUAUCGCCGUAGACGGCUCAGACCAUGCAAAAUACGCCUUCCGCUGGUACCUCCAAUACGCCCGAAUGCCAGAGGACGGUGUUACAUUUCUCCAUAUCUUCGAGGCACCCUCGUUGAGCGUUUUCAGUCUCUCCAAUCUUGGUUCAGUGCCGGUAGAGGAAUGGGGUCGCCGACUCCGUGACAGAGUGGAAAAGGCACGGCGACUGGAAGAGGACUACUUAGCUGAGGGUCAAGCCGCGUCCCUGAACUGCGCCUUCUUGAGCAAACCUGCGGAGAAAAUUGGAGAGGGUAUUAUACGCAUUGCUCAAGAGAUGGAAGCUCACUUGGUUGUAAUGGGUACGCGAGGACUGGGCCGAGUCUCUCGGGCACUCCUUGGAAGUGUCAGCGACUUUGUCAUCCAUCAAGGGGUGGUGCCGGUCACUGUGGUGCCCAACCCGAACUAA